GGGUAUUAUACUUAGUCGUGUAGUAAUCCGCUUUGAAGAUACUACUGAUUAAAAAUUAAAUUAUUAUAUUUCGAAUAUUAAUUUAAACGCCGUCUUAUUAGUUAUUACUCGGUGCGUGUGUGUGUGAGAAGUGUCAGUCUGCAUUUAAUUUGACCUCUAAGCGCGAUUCAAUAUCGGGCACUAAUGAUUAUCUAAUAAGUGAUUUAAUAUAAUUUUAUUCGAAUAUAGAAACUAGUCGAAUUCUAUUAAAAUGUCGCUCUCUUUAAUAUUAACUUUUAUAAUUCCUGUGGGAUUAGUGUUGUUUUUUAAAUUAAUUAAUAAGCAAAAUAAGCCGCCGAUAUGUGGAGUAUAUCAACAGAAUACCAAAUUCUUCUGGUUCAAAUUUGCUUUUAUGUACGUUGUAUUGCAGCUAAGACAGUUAAAAAAUAGUUGGAGUCGACAAAACGCCGUCGACACUGGCAAAAGUGAUGAUGGUAAUAUACACGUUCACACACAAGAUGUGGCGCUAGAGAGCAAAUACAAUCUUAAUGGAAAUCCCCAGGCUAUUGAUGCGGUUUAUUUCAAUGGAGUAAAUCCAAAUGGUGAUGCUGUUAUAUGUGGACUAGCAAGGAGGCUUACGAAUGUGGACUCUUUCCUUUAUUUAAAGAUAAACAGAGAGGAACUUCUGCUGUCUCCUGUGUUGCCAGACACAUAUCAGAUCCAAAACAAGGAUGAGGAAGGCGAAUACAAAAUAAAUGGACUGGAAAUUGUUAACUUUAUUCCUAUGCGAACCUGGAAAGUGACUUACAAUGGUGACAUGAAGCCCAGAAACAAUACAGAGAAAUCUCUGAAAGUUAAAGUGGAUCUUAUAUGGAGUGCUGUGUUUGCACCAUUCAACUAUGACAACCAAAUGUCGCCCAAAGGACUAGCGAGGGACAUGGCCAGAGAGAAAUGGUCCCGAGAACACUUCAAAUUACUCGAAAAAUUGCAUCAAACGCAUUAUGAGCAAAUGGGUGUCCUCGACGGAACGGUAACCAUUGAUGGCAAAGAGACCCCGAUCAGUAUACCAGCAGUCAGAGACCACAGUUUUGGUCCAUUCAGAGAUUGGCGUACCUUCCACCGCUAUGUCUACCACUUUAUCUUCCUUGAAAAUGGAGACCGUAUGGCUAUUGGAACUGUUUGUCAACCUGCUAUUCUGUCACAUCUCACAAUUGGUUACCUCUGCCGUCAAUCUGACCAGGCUGUGUUGUCGGUGGAGUCCAGCGACUUCCAGUUAUACCAGCAUGGAGAACACCAGGUCCUGCCCAGAGAUUAUGCGUUCAGUUUUAAAGCGGGUUGCCAAUCAUACACAGUCCGUUUACAAGUAAACGAUGAAGACACUUUCUACAUUGGCAAGUCACGAGAAGCUAAGUUCUAUGAACGCUGGUGUUCAGUCGAUGUCAACGGUAUUAAGGGAAAAGCCUGCGUUGAAUGGCAUUACAACAACCAGGCGGAAAGCUCUUGAUCUAUAGCUUUAAAAUUAACUCUUAAAGCAGAACUGUUAUCAUGGUAGAAGUGAGAUGGCGUUACUUAGACUAUUGUUGUAUCUCGCUUGCACAAUGAUAAAAGUCCUGUUGAAAGACCUUUAGUAGAUGGUAAACGAAAAGCCGCUGCACCGGUGUAAUAAUAAUGAGUGUUUUGACAAGUUUCAAAAUGUUCCAUUGUUUGAUUUUUUGCUGUAGAAUAAAUCUUUGUUAACAUUUUGUGAUACGUAA